ACGCGCCAGGCUGGUAUGUGCAUUUUGUCAGCCUCUGCUGCGUGAAGAUGCACUUCCAACUUCACGACCUUACGCGGGAGCAGAAAGUAGCGGACGAUUGCUUUGAUUGGACGAUGGCCCGAUUUGAAGAGACAUAACGGACGUGGCAUAAGGAGUAACUGUGGUCGGAUUGGCAAAGGCAAGCAGGCAGUUACGUGGCUGGGGUGCAAUCCCUGUGGGCAAGGGGACGACUUCGGUUCGCUGUAUGUCACCUGUUUGUUAUGUAAUGCUUAUGAUGAUGAGCAUUUUGGAAGAAGAUAUCGUCCCGAGGCGCUGAUCGCCCGAUAAUUGUGGUGGUCUUAUGGUUGGAUCUUCCGGGAUUUGACAGGAGCAGCAGUUAGCUGCGGUGCUGGGAGAGGGAUGGGAGGAGGGUAGGUGUGUGAAACGGCUGCAGUGUUCUUGUCGUUUGGUUAUCAGAGGAGAGAUCGAGUGACAGGAGAAGGGAGGUAGGGAGGGAGGAAGGGCUUGAGAAGUGAAGCCUCCUGUGUGGAUCUUCAAACGCACAGGACCAGCAAAAUGAGUGGCAAGAAGUUUGACAGGAUGAGUGAGGACCAGGAGGAGGGUGUCACUGCAUCGAAUCCGCUCCCACCGCCGCCGAGGCCUCCUGGCUCUCGGACGCGUGCGGUGGACAGGGAAGACAAAGAGGGUGGCGCCGCUGGGGUGCACGACACCCCUCCAAAGUUUGGCAAUCUGUCCAACGAUGACUUUCGCAGGAUGGUGAUGGAUACGCCCAGGAAAGGGGGGGACGAAAGGAGCAAGCAGAAAAGCAGUCGGUCCAAGCGGGGUGAAGAUGAGCCGGACGACAGUCCAGAGAAGAGGGCGCAGCGGAAGGUCUGGCCUAAGCCGAAAGAAGAGGAGAAGCCUGAGGAGGCCUUGCCUGCAUAUCGAGAUCGAGCAAAGGAGAGGAGGGAAGACCAGAACCCGGAUUAUGAGCAGGCAAUGUCUGAGCUUGGGUCACUGCAUGCCGUGGCUCCACCCGGGACCACCGAUUUGCGGACCUCCGAUGCGCACAGAAUCUCUAUUGAGAACAGCAAGUUUCUGGGAGGCGACGUUGAGCAUACCCAUCUUGUGAAGGGUCUGGACUAUGCCCUGCUUCAGAAGGUCCGUAGCGAGUUGGAGAGGAAGAGGGACGGGGAAGACGAAGACUUUGGAGACAAGAAGAAGAAGGAAAGGUUGAGCGAGGAAAAGUCGAUGACUUUCCGGACUGCCUUGGGUAAAUCGGUCUAUAAAUGGAUCAUUAAGCCCAACCACAACUCGAAGCCAAACGAAAUGUUCCUCCUGGGCCGCACCGCCUUUUUGUUUGACAUGGAUGAGGAAUUUGCCCAUGAAAUCCCAACGACGGUACAUCGGAGCAAAGCGGACUGCCCUCCACCCCAGGAAACACUCGUCGCAGGGGUCGACCGCAUGGUGCUGGACCGCAUUUCGAAAAUCAUGUCGUAUCUUCGAUUGGGAGUGUCAGGAAAAGUGAUGAAGAAGAAAAAGAAGGACAAGGACAAGACGAUUUUGAUUGCGGGCAUUCCAUCCUUGGCACCCGAAGAGCUUGUUGCGGACGAGAGGUUUGUCGAGCCCGUGAAUGGCAGAGUGAGAAGAGAGGGACGGGACGAGGCGACAGCGGCCUCGUCGGAGCAUCACGAACCUGCUUCCGGUUCUCAGCAUGCCAGUCUCAGCAAGGAAGACAGUGAGGAUAUCUUUGAAGAAGCGGGGAAGGAUUACACGGUGACGACAGCAAUGGAUCGCCGUCAGAACCGCCAGCUGCAUCGGCAGCCGCUACAUAGUCCUGAGUCAAUGGAUGAGUCGCCAAGGCGCAGCUUGUCGCCACCCCGUGUGCGGCCAUCCCGAGGCGGGGAGGGCGACCAUGCGCAUGAGCGAAUGCAGGGUUCUGCGGCAGCAGGGGGUGGUCACGGAGAAUGGCAGGAAUGGGGCAGGGACGAGGGAGGUGUGGGGGACGAGACGGGUGUGCACUGGGGUGCUGAUCAGACUGCUGGCAUGCGGUGGAAGCAGGACCCGUACCAGCAGUUUGGGACAGCAGUGGGAAUGUCCACGCCGGGAAACGAUGCAGGCCUGCAGAUGGGAUCGAUGACGCAGGAGGAGAAAGACCGAGGAAUGGGAUCGGUCUUCAAGCGCGACGAUCAGCGGUUGCAAAGGAUGAGGGAGAAGGAUUCCAGAGAGAAAGAUCCAAACUUCAUCUCUGAGAGUUACUCUGAAUGUUACCCAGGUUACCAAGAGUACAACAGAGAAGUGAUGGACGAAAGCGAUGAUGAGGAAGAUCUCACCAAGAUGGAUAUGGGUGCGAAGGCGAAAGGAAGGCUGCAUCGAUGGGACUUUGACACGGAAGAAGAAUGGUCCAAAUACAACGAAGCUAAGGAGGCAAUGCCGAAGGCUGCGUUUCAAUUUGGCGUGAAAAUGGCGGACGGGAGGAAGACGAGGAAGAACAAAGACCAGAAACUGAACAACGAGCUUCACCGGAUUCAACAGAUAAUAAAAAAGAAGAAAGAGGAAUCCACCAGAUCAGCACCGUCAGAGUCCCCAUAUGCAGCAGGAAGCUUGGAGGAAAGUGAAAGCCAGCAUCCUGGGAAGCGGAUCAAGUUCUAAACACGGAAAUGAAACGAACGGGAAAAGGAAAAGAAAAUAACAUUUCUGAAGACGAAAAUGAAACAAGAAAAGAAAACGAAAGAAUCUCGGUGUGUCUUCUCUCACCCACGGGCCAAUGCUGAUAGCCUUUUUUUGCAGACAUAACAUUCCGUUGCCUUGUAUGCACGUUUGUCAUUCGUUGCAAAGAUGAUCGCCGCUAAUUUCUACUCU